AUGUCUUCAACCAAGCUCAUUGUCAUUCUUGGCGCCACCGGCAACCAAGGUGGUUCCGUCGCCAAGUCCUUCCUCUCCGAACCAGGCUGGAAAAUCCGCGCCAUCACACGCAAUCCCACCAGCCCCAAGGCCCAAGCCCUCUCCUCCCAGGGCGUAGAAGUAGUCAAAGCAGACCUUGAUGACCCCCCUACCCUAACUGAAGCCUUUGAGGGCGCUCACGCUAUUUUCGUGGUCAGUGACUUCUGGGCCUUGUACUACGAUCAAUCCAACAGAUCCAAGACCAAGCCUGGCCAGGCACUCAAUGAAUGGGCUGCAGAGCAUGAGGAACAGCAGCUCAAAAACGCCAUUGAUGCUGCUUCCAAGGUCCCCACGCUUGAGCGCUUCAUCCUCUCGUCUUUGUCCAAUGCGGAAAAGUGGUCCAAGGGCAAGUAUACCCGCGUCUACCACUUCGACGGCAAGGCUCGUGCAGCAGAGUUUAUCCCAAAAGCGCACCCUGAUCUCUGGACCAAAACGAGUAUCUUUCAGGCAGGCCUAUUUUUGAGUAACUUCACCAUCUUGCCUCUGAACCAACCCUAUAAGGAUGCCGACGGUGUUGCCCAAUUCACCACAGCUCUGAACCCCGAAACCAAGUUUCCCUUCAUAGCCGCCGAGGAAGACUCUGGUCCGCUUGUCAAGGCUCUCAUCACCCAGGAGCCUGUAGGACACAACCUCAUUGGCUAUAGAGAGUGGCUAUCUCAUAACGAGAUCGCAGCAGCGUUCACGAAGGCCACUGGUAUCAAGUCAGCGAUCGUCAAAUCGGACGGGACCCUCCCCCCUGGCUUGCCUGAGGACCUCGUGGGUGAAAUGCUUGACUGUUUUGGCUACUUCAACGAGUUUGGCUAUGAGGGCCGAGACGAUCCCACUGUUGUUCAUCCUCGUGACUUGAAGUUGGCAGUUGGACUAGAGACAGUGGAGGAUUACUUCAAGAAACAGGACUGGACUCAGGUGUUCGGGUCCUGA